AGUCAGACACGUAACCAGCAAGAUGGCUUUCAAAAGGGCUGUGAUACAGCUGGUUUUGAUGGUUUUACUUUAUUCUUCCCCCGGCGUCCAAAGUUUUUUGGAACGCAUCAGCUGCACUAUAUCUGCCGACUGCAAUUGUGAUUUUAAACCAAAUAUACGAGGUUUGGAAUGGGAUCUGUAUAAGAAUCUCUACGGUCAGCAUCUGGCCCAGGACAUAGUGUCAGAGGAGGUGGCAAACUUCCUUCAGAAGGAGAGUCCAGACCGACCCCUCGUCCUGUCCUUCCAUGGGGGGUCAGGGACGGGCAAGACUCUGGUCAGCUCCAUGUUGGGGAGACACCUGUAUGGCACAGCUAUGGGAAGCCCCUACAUCCACCAGUUUGUGCCAACACUACACUUCCCCUCGCCUGACCGUGUCAAACAGUACAGGCUGGAGCUGAAGCUCUGGGUGGAGGGGAAUUUGACGGCCUGUGCCCGCUCCAUAUUCAUCUUUGACGAGAUGGAGAACAUGCCCCCGGGGGUCAUCGACAUCCUGAAGCCCUUCCUGGGGCCCUCAUACGUCGUGUUCGGCACCAACUACCGCAAGGCCAUCUACAUUUUCAUCAGCACCAUUGGGGAGGAGGUGAUUCACCGUAUGGCCCUGGAAACCCGGCAGGCUGGCAGGGAGAGAGAGGAGAUCAGGCUGGGGGAUAUGGAGAACGCGAUCUCACAGGCUGUGUUCAACAACAGCAGAAGUGGAUUCUUCCAUUCUAGCAUCAUCCAGGAGAGGCUGUUGACCAGCUUUGUGCCCUUCCUGCCCCUGGGCAGACGCCAUGUGGAGCGCUGUGCCCGCAGAGAGCUCUGCCAGCGGGGUGAGUGCCAGCGCACCGAUGUGGUGGUGGCAGUAGGGGAAGCCGUUGUCUACAUGCCCGAGCAGGGACAACACUUUUCCAGCAAGGGCUGUAAAUCUGUGCCGGCCAAAGUCAACCUCUUCCUAUGAGUUAAGGUGAAAGCCAUUUUUAAUUGCUAAAGUUAGAAUUGUUCCCAGAGCCUCAAAGACUGAUUUUAGGGUGGAUUUUAUCAGACGGUGAACUGAACUGUGUUUCUCACUGAAGAUCAUCUCUACAUCCACACUACAAACAGAGGAGAAGAUUGAUUGUAUUCAAAGAGGCAUGUAAGACCUUUAAGGCGGUCUGCACACUCAAGGUCAGAGCUGCAAAGGCAGAAUCAUUAACAUUGAUCAAAUUUUAACUGUGAAUCUCUAGUGAGGUAUCCCCUGGAACUAUGAUUAUCCCCCUGGCCCGGAUUCAGUUCAGAAACAGUGAGAGAUUUUCUGGAGUUUUUCUGGAGUCCGUACCUUCAUUGUGCUCUGGAACCGAGAGCCAGCCUCUUCCUCCAAUCCAACAACCUUUGCUUUAAACAGAAAAGUGCAUAAUUGAAGUUCUGAGUGGCCAUAGGGGAAGGCAUCAUGUUUUAAGAAUGUUGAUUAUUGCUGUUAGCUAACCCUGGUUGAAAGGAGACUGGUCACUAAUGAUCUGUGACUUCAUUCAGUUAGGUGUUCUUCCUCCAAUAGGAAUAGACUCUUCCAGGGAAGUGUAACGGCGACCAAAAGUCAGGCCAUAUUUUAAGGGGAAAGUAAGAGGGGUAGUUGGGCAAUGAGGCCCUUUAUCUACAUCCCGGAGUCAGAUGAACAUUUACAUUUUAGUCAUUUAGCAGACGCUCUUA